AUGAGGCCUCUGGAAGAGUUGCUGCCGAGAUGGCGUGAGACUCAAGUUCACGGCGCUCAUCUUGGCGACCUGCAACGAGCCGUCCGAUAUAAUGGGCCUUCCAGUCCAUGCAUAUCGGGAUGUCGUUCCGUGUGUUGGAAGACUUUUCUACUAUCCACUGCGGCUGAGGGCUUGAGCUGGUCUCAAACACUUGAUGAGGGAAGACGCCUCUAUACUGAGCGGCGGGAGCAUUUUCUCAAGUACAUCAAGCACCCAGAGACCCUUGCUGAACUCAGUAUAGACCCUCUAACAGAUGAUCCUGCUUCUCCCUGGAACACGGUUCGUCAGGAUGAGAUUAUCCGCGCUGAGAUCCUGCAGGAUGUCCAGAGACUUCCGGACGAAGCAUCCUACCAUGAAGAUGAAACCCAGGCCAUGAUCCUGGACAUCCUUUUCAUGUACUGCAAACUUAACCCUGAGCGAGGCGGUUAUCGACAAGGCAUGCAUGAGCUUCUCGCCCCUAUUCUGCACGUCAUCCAGCAAGACACCUUGGACCCGGCAACCAUACCGUCGGACGCCUCUCCCGAAGAUGCUCUUAUCAAGACUUUGGAUGCUUCCUUUGUCGAGCACGACGCUUUCAUCCUCUUUUCCAGGUUAAUGGAACAUGCGCAAUCAUUCUACGAAGUUAAGGACUCUCUUGCGAUACCAGGAACCCCUUUGCGGCCCUCCAAGUUCCCCGAGCAGAGUUCUACUAUCGUCGAAAGAAGCAGGUUCAUUCACGAGGUUUGCCUUCAAAAGGUGGACCCGGAACUCGCUGCACAUCUCACCAAUAUCGAGAUAUUGCCGCAAAUCUUUCUCAUUCGAUGGAUCCGGUUACUUUUUAGCAGAGAAUUCCCGUUCGAGCAGUUUCUGGUCCUAUGGGAUACGAUAUUCUCCGUCGACGCAUCACUAGAUUUGAUAGACCUCAUCUGUGUUGCCAUGCUGAUCCGCAUUCGAUGGGAUUUAUUAGAAGCGGAUUACUCCGUCUGCCUUCAGCUGCUCUUGAAGUAUCCCGCCCCAUCGCCGUCUCACGGCCCUCAUACGUUUGUUGAUGAUGCCCUGUAUCUCCGCGAGCAUCUUAGCGCAUCUGGCGGAGCGUCUCUCAUCAUGAAGUAUACCGGAAGGAUGCCGACUGUGUCAUCACCUUCGCAGAACUCGCGAGCAGCCACCCCAAGCUUCCGUGCCUUCAACUCGCUCAGGCAACGAGGAAUCGGAUCGAGAUCACAAAUUCCGUCGCCGUCUCGAUUUAUUCAGCAGCAAGGUGGCAUGGAGGCGUUGUUCCAAGGAGCAGCCAAAGGAGCAAAGGGGGUAUUUGAAAGGGGCGAAAAACUCGGCAUCAACCAGGCCGUUAGAGAUGCUAUGGGAGAAAUCAGACGCAACAUCAACGAGGCCAGAUCAACUCCCAGGUCUCCACGACAGGGAAUGAGCGAGGAGGGAGCAGCACAUAGUCUUGCCGCGCUGGAGAGACGCAACUUGCAGCUGGCUGCCAUGCUUGACGAGACGGUCAACAAUCUCAAGGCCGUGUCAGCUUCAAACCUGGAAGACAAGACCAAGAGCCUUGACCUCAUCGAGGUUGCGGCCGCCAAGGUCCAAUUUGUCAAGAUCUACCUGGAAGAUUCUUCCAUGGAAGUCCCAAUACUGGACUCCCCGCCGUCUGAAGAGAGCCCCAGGGAAGUGGUGGUGGCAGAGACGACUAUUGUCCAGCCACAGCCGAUCCCUCCGAUGGAAGCGGAAGUGGACAUCUCCGGUCUUCGGAUUGUUGAAGCGGUCCCAACUCCCCGGGAGGAAGAAGCACCAAACAACCCUGAUCGUAUGGAUACAUCUGGGGACGGCCUAAACCCAGAUUCUGCCACCAAGACUGCUCAGGCAGAAGUACGGCCAUCCCCUGUCCCGACUCGAUCAACGUUGGCCCAGUCCUCCUUUUCGUGGAUGCUGGAGCCAGACCAGUCCGCACCGUCGAAAUCUUCAGCAUCGUCAGCAAAGUCACCGCCACUUCAGCACAAGAAGAAAAUGUCCAACAGCACUAAGCGCGAGAAGAAUGCCUUCCUGUUCGGGGAGGUUACCGAGAGCCGCAACCCUCUUCGCUCGGAUGAGAUAUUCGGGCUGGAACCUCUCACCAAGACGAAAGAUGAAUCGUAA